AUGUCAUACACAACUACCACCACUACCACCUACCCUCCCUCCGCUACCACCACCACCUACUACGCCCCCACUGUUCCCGUCCGCCCCCGCACCUCCAAUUCCCAAAACCCUCCACCCCUCCAACGCGACACCGACCGCCGCGCCUCCUUCGUCGACAAUCUCGUCGACUCCGCCGCCCUCAUCAUCGAAACCAUCUGGUCCACCACCGCCUCCCCUCACAUCCACCCCAUCGACCCCAGAAGUGUGGACAAACAACAUCCGUGUGGAUUGGUGUUACCCCUGAGAACAUUUAUCCAGGAAACGCUGAGGAGGUCAAGGACGAGUUAUUCGACGUUGCAGUUGGCGUUAUGGUACCUGAUUUUAUUGAGGGAUAGAUGCGAGGUGAAUGUCGUCGGGAAGAAAGGGGAUGGACUUCCACCGUGUGGGAGGAGGAGUUUCCUGAGUGCGUUGAUUUUGGCGAGUAAGUUCUUGCAGGAUCGGAAUUACUCUAACCGCGCAUGGUCCCGUAUCUCCGGCCUCUCGACGAGUGAGAUCAAUGCGAAUGAGAUGGAGUUCCUCAAGCGCGUUUCGUGGACACUCUUCGUCAGCGUCGAGACAUUCAGCGUCUGGGCCUCCGUCCUCGCCGAA